AUGGGGAACGUGACGUCGUCGGUGGCGGCGCGGCUGGCCUUCUUCCCGCCGGAGCCGGCGACGUACGAGGUGGCGGCGGCGGAGGGCGGGGCCGGGCUGCGGAUGACGGGGGUGCUCCCCGACGCCAACGUCGACGUGCACGCGCUGCCCACCAGGGCCGGCACCCGCGUCGUCGCCGCCUUCUGGCGCUACCCCUCCGCGCGCCUCACGCUGCUCUACUCCCACGGCAACGCCGCCGACCUCGGCCAGAUGCUCGGCCUCUUCAUGGAGCUCCGCUCCCACCUCCGCGUCAACAUCAUGUGCUAUGACUAUUCAGGAUAUGGGGCCUCUACAGGAAAACCAUCGGAGUAUAACACGUACUACGACAUAGAGGCUGUCUAUGACUGUUUGAAAAAGGAGUAUGGGAUAGGGCAAGAGGAUCUGAUCCUGUAUGGGCAAUCAGUUGGAAGCGGACCGACGUUGCACUUGGCCUCACGUUUGGAGAAACUAAGAGGGGUCGUCCUUCACAGCGGUAUUCUGUCAGGCAUACGCGUUUUGUAUCCAGUGAAAGUGACACUUUGGUUUGAUAUCUUCAAGAACAUCGACAAAAUAAAGCAGGUCGAAUGUCCAGUGCUGGUUAUACAUGGAACGGCGGACGACAUCGUCGACUUCUCGCACGGCAAGCACCUAUGGGAGCUAGCGAAGGAGAAGUACGAGCCGCUGUGGGUGAAAGGCGGCGGCCACUGCAACCUGGAGACGUACCCCGAGUACAUCCGGCACCUGCGGAAGUUCGUGAACGCGAUGGAGAAGCUGGCGAAGGAGCGAGCGACAAAGGCGCCCCAGGUACCGCCGUCGAGCAUGGGCGAAGUGAAACACAACAAGUGCUUGAGAUUUGGGAAGUGA